AUGGGAUCCUCUUGAAUGGCAGUGUAAAGAAGGCCAUAAAUGGAAAGCUUCAUCAAGGGAUAUUCUUAAAGGAACUUGGUAUCCAAGAUGUAGUACACUAGGCCGAAAAUCUCUUACACCUGACCAAAAAUGUAUUUCAGUCCAAAGUCAUGCUACACUAAUGCAAAGACAUGGUCAACCACAAUACAAUAUUGAUAUAGCGAAAAAUAUUGCACAAGAACGAGGUG